AUGAACAUCGGCAACUCGGUGUCGCGCCUCGACCUGGGCCUGCAAAAUUCAUCUGCCAUGGCGUACCAGGCAAGAGGUCUAUCGCAGUUGCGAAUAAAGUUUUAUAAUACGAUCGUCGCCGGUCUCCAAAUAGUCCUCUUGCUCACCGUCCUACCUCAAGAAAGCCUUUGCGGGCGUCACGAGAAACGCUUACUGAAUCAUCUGCUGGCAAAUUACAACACCUUGGAGCGACCGGUCGCGAAUGAAAGCGAACCACUGGAGGUGAGGUUUGGCAUCACUCUGCAGCAAAUCAUCGACGUGGAUGAAAAGAACCAAAUACUUACGACCAACGCGUGGUUGAAACUGGAGUGGACGGACUAUAAUCUCCAGUGGAACGAGUCCGAAUAUGGCGGAGUGAAGGACCUUCGAAUUACACCGAAUAAGCUUUGGAAACCGGAUAUCCUCAUGUACAACAGUGCGGAUGAGGGUUUCGACGGGACGUACCAAACAAACGUGGUGGUCACGCAUAACGGCAGUUGCCUGUACGUCCCUCCGGGCAUCUUCAAGAGCACAUGCAAGAUAGACAUCACUUGGUUCCCCUUUGACGACCAACACUGUGACAUGAAGUUCGGAUCCUGGACCUACGACGGCAACCAGCUCGAUCUGGUACUCAACUCACAGGAGGGUGGUGACUUAUCCGAUUUCAUCAUGAACGGGGAAUGGUACCUCAUCGGUAUGCCGGGAAAGAAGAACACAUUAAUAUAUCAAUGCUGCCCGGAGCCGUACGUUGACGUCACGUUCACGAUACAGAUACGCAGGAGAACCCUCUACUACUUUUUCAACCUGAUCGUGCCCUGCGUGCUGAUAUCGAGCAUGGCCCUAUUGGGCUUCACCCUGCCGCCCGAUUCUGGCGAGAAGCUCACCCUAGGAGUGACCAUUCUGCUGUCGCUGACAGUUUUCCUGAACCUCGUGGCAGAAAGCAUGCCGACGACUUCGGACGCUGUCCCUUUAAUAGGAUCAUACUUCAAUUGCAUCAUGUUCAUGGUGGCGAGCAGCGUCGUGCUGACCGUUCUGGUGCUCAACUAUCAUCACAGAUCGCCCGACAGAUACGUGAUGCCAAAUUGGACAAAAGUAGUGUUUCUACAAUGGCUGCCAUGUGUGUUGCGCAUGAGUCGACCGGGCAAGAAGAUCACAAAGAAGACCAUUCUCAUGAGUAAUCGGAUGAAGGAGUUGGAGCUGCAGGAGAGGAGCAGUAAGAGUUUACUGGCGAACGUUUUAGACAUCGACGAUGAUUUUCGCCAUGGAAACAGCGCCGCCAAUCCUGCCUCGGGCUAUAUAAGUAGGUCAGCGUACGGUACACCGUUGUCGACUAGGCCGGCGACGGUUGAAGAGACUUCGGCAUCGUUGCCUCUCAGCGGCAUGCAGAGGGAACUUCACACAAUUCUCAAGGAAUUGCAGUUCAUCACAAGCCGCAUGAAAAAGUCGGACGAAGACGACGAGAUCAUUAGCGACUGGAAGUUCGCCGCCAUGGUGGUCGACAGGCUUUGUCUAUUCGUCUUCACGUUAUUCACGGUUUUGGCUACGGUGGUGAUACUGUGUCGCGCGCCACACAUAAUCGUCCAGUAAUAGACUGCCCCGGUCGAACCGAAAAAAUACACAAAACAUGCCAGGGAUAGCGCCUCCUGGAAUAUUCGGAACGACGUCCGGCAUGAUUCGAGGAGGCGACUACGCUAGGAGCACGUCGAAGUGAAAGAAAACGGGAAAAGCGCAGA